AUCUUCCAGCGACUUUUUCACGUGUUAAUAACAGAACAGCGGGAGUAGAAGAGGUGCUUUUAAUCAGGAUCUCCUCUCUCUGACCUUAGCAGAGGAUUUCUACCCAGCUGCUCAUCUUCAUCAUCGUCCUUUGCCCCGGCAGCCAUGAGCGACAGCGAUGACGACGUUCCCACACUGUCCGCCCACACUCUGGCUGCCCUGCAGGAGUUCUACAACGAGACCAGGACCGGUCCCGAUCCGGAUGGGACGGCGUCGGACCCGUUUGCUGUGGGAGCAGUAGAGGAGGACUGGAGGAUGAGUCAGUUCUGGUACAGUGAUGAGACGGCAGCGCUGUUAGCAGAGGAGGUCGUACGGGAAGCCGGAGAGGGAGGCAGGGUAGCGUGUGUUUGCGCGCCCAGCGUGUACCAGAAGUUGAAGCAGGGUGUGGUGGACGGGUCAGACAGAGUGUCAGCUGUGGUGUUGGAGUACGACCGCCGCUUCUCCACCUACGGGGACGACUUCAUCUACUACGACUACAACGAGCCGCUGUCGCUGCCCUGCGGCGUGGCCCCUCAGAGCUUCGACGUGGUCCUGGCCGACCCGCCCUACCUGUCCGAGGAGUGCCUGAGCAAAGUGGCCCAAACCAUCCAGUACCUGAGCAAAGGCAAAGUGCUGCUUUGCACUGGAGCCAUCAUGGAGGGCGUCGCCAAAGAGCUGCUGGGGGUAAAAAUGUGCUCCUUUUUGCCCAAACACAACAGAAACUUGUCCAAUGAGUUCCGCUGCUUCAUCAACUAUCCGUCCCGCCUGCUGUCGAGCUGAGGAACCGACGGGUUAAAAGACGAGUGGCGGGUUUGGGAAGCAGAGGAAGAUCCAUUACCAGAACCUGCAUCUCUAAUCCAGUUAGAAACCACUGACUGGUUAUUUGAUCAUUUCAGGAAGAAAUAUGAACAGUUUCCAGCUUUUAUCUUGAAAAAUGCUGAGGCUUUUUUUUUUUAUUUGUCUUUGCUGUUUUCCUGCUGCUCUCAUUGGACCAACGGCUAAAGAGAAAUUCAGACAUUUCAUCCAUUCGUUAACAAGUUAUUUAUGUUCUUUACGUAAUUUAUGCCUGAAAAUGUGCUU